CCCGCCUUACGGGGGGGGGGCGCUUUCAAGGCGGCUCCCAGAGAGGAUGGGAGCAGCCGGUCUCCGGAGAGGGGGCUGAGUCUGCUUUUCUGGGGAAGCCCUAAUCUACUGGCCUUUCCGCACCCAAGCAUCCUUGGAUGUUGGCCUGUGCCACCAAGCCUUAGCAGGACGGGGAUCACCGGUGUACCCGCCUCUGGGGUUGGGUUUCUCUAAACAGGACAGGAACACAACCCCCAGAUAGUCGUCAAGGUGCAUUUGAGACAGCAACUGGGGGGUGGACACAAGCCACCGCGAGGCCCUUUCUCUGGAGCCUUCUCUUGCACUGGACUUCCCAACAUAGGGGGUGGGACUGUUCCCAGAAGGAGGCGGGGCCUGACGACCGGCUUAAGCCGGUUUGGCUGUUGGCCAGCGGUCUGAAGACCCCAGGACGCUCAGGACUCGGGUUCCUGGGCCACACACUAGCGUCCGUCCUUUCCUGCAUCCCUGAGCCAUGUGUGCCUGUGGGAUGUUGCACCCGGUGCUGGACCACGGCCCCCAGCGCUGCCAGACGGGGUCCCAAGACCUCCUUGAGGCCCGCCGGCCCCUGGCCCAUGAGUGCCUAGGCGAAGCCCUGCGUGUGAUGCGCCAGGUCAUCUCCAGAUACCCACUCCUGAACACCGUGGAGACGCUCACAGCUGCCGGCACGCUCAUUGCCAAGGUCAAAGCUUUUCAUUACGAGAGCAACAACGAAGCAGAUAAACGGGAGUUUGAGAAGGCUCUGGAGACGAUCGCUGUGUCCUUCAGCUGCACUGUCUCUGAGUUCCUUUUGGGUGAAGUGGAUAGCAGUACCCUUCUGGCCGUGCCCCCCGGGGACCCCAGCCAGUCCAUGGAGAACCUUUAUGGACCCGGCAGCGAGGGGUCCCCGCCCAGUGUGGAGGAAACUGAGGAGGGCUGCCUGCCCCCUAAGGAGGUGGACAUCCUUCUGCAGCGCUGCGAGGGGGGCGUGGACGCCGCCCUACAGUACGCCAAAGACAUGGCCAAGUACAUGAAAGACCUCAUCGGCUACCUGGACAAGCGGACCACUCUGGAGAUGGAGUUUGCCAAAGGUCUACAGAAGAUUGUCCACAGCUGCAGACAGAGCGUCACUCAUGAGCCCCACAUGCCUCUCUUGUCCAUCUACGCGCUGGCCCUGGAACAGGAUCUGGAGUUUGGUCAUGGCAUGGUGCAGGCCGUGGGCACACUGCAGACCCAGACGUUCAUGCAGCCCCUGACGCUGAGGCGGUUGGAGCAUGAGAGACGCAGGAAGGAGAUCAAAGAAUCUUGGCACCGCGCACAGAGGAAGCUGCAAGAGGCAGAGGCCAACCUGCGCAAGGCCAAGCAGGGCUACAAACAACGCUGCGAAGACCACGACAAAGCCCGGCUCCAGGUGGCCAAAGCCGAGGAGGAGCAACAGGGCACAGGCCCAGGAGCGGGGACUGCAGCCUCCAAGGCCCUGGACAAGAGGCGGCGGCUGGAGGAGGAGGCCAAAAACAAGGCCGAGGAGGCAAUGGCCACUUAUCGCACGUGCGUGGCGGACGCAAAGACACAGAAACAGGAGCUCGAGGACACAAAGGUGACAGCGUUGCGACAGAUCCAGGAGGUCAUCAGGCAGAGUGAUCAGACCAUAAAGUCGGCCACCAUCUCCUAUUACCAGCUGAUGCACAUGCAGACAGCUCCCCUGCCUGUGCACUUUCAGAUGCUCUGCGAGAGCAGUAAGCUCUACGACCCGGGCCAACAGUAUGCGUCACACGUGCGUCAAUUGCAGCGAGGCGAGGAGCCCGAUGUGCGCUACGACUUUGAGCCUCAUGUCUCCGCCAACUCCUGGUCCCCCAUCAUGCGUACACGGAAGGGCAGCUUCAACCCUGAGGAUGCUACAGGACCCGAAGCUGCAGGCAGUCCCCCCGAGGAAGGUGGUGCCUCCGAGGGGGCUCCCAGCAAGGACCACAGGGCUGGACGUGGUCACCAGGUCCACAAAUCCUGGCCUAUCUCCAUCUCAGACCCCGAAGUUGGCCUGGAUGCCAGCUCAGGGGACUUGAAGAAGUUCGAUCGCACAUCGUCCAGUGGGACCAUGUCGUCCAGUGAGGAGCUGGUGGAUCAGGAAGCUGGCUUGGUGGUCUCAGCCUUUGAUUCAGCUGACCUCAAUGGUAUGAACCCUGAGUUACCUGUGGCCAUGCCCAGUGGGCCCUUCCGCCAUGUGGGACUGUCCAAGGCGGCUCGCACACACCGACUUCGGAAGCUGCGCACACCGGCCAAGUGCAGAGAGUGCAAUAGCUACGUGUACUUCCAGGGAGCUGAGUGUGAGGAGUGCUGUCUGGCUUGUCACAAAAAGUGUUUGGAGACUCUGGCCAUACAAUGUGGCCACAAGAAGCUUCAGGGCCGCCUGCAGCUGUUUGGACAGGACUUCAGCCAUGCCGCCCGCAGCACUCCUGAUGGCGUCCCCUUCAUUGUCAAAAAAUGUGUCUGUGAGAUUGAACGGCGGGCCCUGCACACCAAGGGGAUCUAUCGGGUCAACGGCGUGAAAACGCGCGUGGAGAAGCUGUGCCAGGCCUUUGAGAAUGGCAAAGAGCUGGUGGAGAUCUCUCAGGCCUCACCCCACGACAUCAGCAACGUCCUAAAGCUGUACCUGCGGCAGCUGCCGGAGCCCCUCAUCUCUUUUCGCUUUUACCAUGAGCUGGUGGGGCUAGCCAAGGAGAGCCUAAAGGCAGAGGCUGAGGCCAAGGCUGCGAGCCGGGGCCGGCAGGACGGGUCUGAGAGUGACGCUGCAGCCUUAGCCAUGGUUGGCCGCCUGCGUGAGCUCAUGCGGGACUUGCCUGCGGAAAACCGGGCCACACUGUUGUACCUGCUGAGGCACCUACGAAGGAUCGUGGAAGUGGAGCAGGACAAUAAGAUGACCCCUGGGAACCUGGGCAUCGUUUUCGGGCCCACGCUGCUGCGGCCGCGGCCCACGGAAGCCACCGUGUCCCUCUCCUCCCUGGUAGACUACCCGCACCAGGCCCGUGUCAUUGAGACUCUGAUUGUCCACUAUGGCCUGGUCUUUGAGGAGGAGCCAGAGGAGGUACCUGGCGGCCAGGAGGGGGCAUCCACCCAGUGUGCCCAACUGGAGACUGCUGAGGGCCUUGUCUUCCCCCUGCAGGAGGCUGAGGAUGGAGGCCGAGAAUCCCGAAUGGCGUCCAAUGACUCAGACUCGGAGCUGGAAGAGGCCUCUGACCCACUGUCAUCCUCAGACGCCAGCGCCCUGCACCGCCUCAGUUUCUUGGAGCAGCCGGAGGUCGAGGCAGGUCUAGAGGAAGGUCCCCAGAGCCGCAGUGGCAGUGAGGAGCAACUGGAGGGUGAGGAUGGAGACCCAGGCCAGCGGCUCUGUGCCUUCAACACCAACCAGUCCAACAACACAGCACAGGUCCCUCUGCCUGCCAUGCAGCUCCGAGGGGGGCAGAUUACAUGUGGCACCAGUGGGGACCGGCGGCCACAAUUUGUCUGAACUGGGUUGUGAUGGUGGCGACCGUCAGCCACUGCCAACCACUGUAAGGGAGACUAAGGCCCCUUGACUGGGAGGGCUGGUUUCUCAGAACACUGAGAAAGGAACUUCAGGGCGCUCUGGUACCCUGGCACUGUCGGGUGUGGCCUGACUCGGCUGAGCAUUGGUCCCAGAUGGAGUGAACCUGUGCAGAUGCAGCAGCUGAAUUCCCAUGGUCCCCUCAUCGUUCCUGUGGUCCCCAUCAGCCCAGGGUGCAAGCCACACCCUUCUUGGUCUUUCUGGAUGGGCGCCCACUCAGGACACCGUGUAGUGGUGCAGGAGUGGCUUCUGUGUGCGCAGCUGGGGCAGCUCUGGUGUUGGGGUUCUUGCAGAAAGCUGAGCUCGGAUAGCGAGGAGCUGAGGGUACAGUGGGCCUCUCCCCAGGUGCAGUGGAUUCGUUUUCACAUGCACCCCCAUUUUGCUUGAAAUAAAGUUCU